CCAUCUCUGAGACGUACGUGUGUGUGUAUAAAGGCCCUGGGCCGAGGGAAUAAUUCAGCCUUGAGCAAGUUUGAAGGUGGGAAGUGAACAAACCGAUAGCACAAAAUAUGAAGUGAUUAUGUCUGAAUAUUAUGUUAACUUUUGCCUUUUACCUUAAAAAAUGUAACUUUGGUGGGAUAACUUCUGCUUGUCUGCCCCUAGUACAUGUUUGUUUAUUGUUUAACAUCUUGAAUUUUGCAGAAAUCAAAUCUUAAAAUACUUAGCUAGCCACUUAAUAGUGGUAUUUAAGAUGUUGAGAUAGUGACUUUUGGACUAAAAUUUGGUUUGUGGGAAAUAAGUUGGAGAUAACUGGUGAUAUUUAGGCCUUAAUGGCUGUAAUUGCUUAUUUACUGAUGUACAUUUUUGAAGAGUUUUGAAACAAACAUUUAGAUUUGAUACUUAUCAGUUUCACCUUCAGUAUUGAACAUAGGGAAUUUUAAUUGAAUUUCUUGGACUAUUUGAAAUUGAGAGAUGGACUAAUUAGGAGAUUUCUCAAUUUUUCCAAUCCUUUGUAUUAAUAAACAAUAAUGUUUUGUUUUAAGUGAUUGGGGUAAUUUAUUAAUAUCAGUAAAUUGACAGAAGUAUUUCGGAUGUAAGGUAGCUAUAUUCAGAUAUAGAAUAGAAUAAGCAUGCCCAAUGCCAGUGUCUUCUGAGUGCCACGUGAUUCAGUUUUUGCUUACCCUGUUUGGAAUUGAGACUAACGUGGGUAUUUAAAAUUUCUUUAACACUAAACAGUGCUGUCAAACUGGUUGAUGUUUAAAUACUUUAAUUUUCAGAAUUUCUAGGAAAACUCCAUUUUUGUCUAGGAUAGGAAUCAGAAAAUAAAUAUGAAUGAUGUCAUAUUUAAAUGUAGACAUUUUAAUACAGGCAUAUUUUAAUGAUUGGAAACUAAUACUUCAUAAGGGCUAAGAUAAAGUCAGAUAUUGAUACACAGCUAAUCUAAUUGUGAGAUACUCUUAGAUUCCAGUGUUGAAGUGUAUUGGAAAAAAUAGAAGUAAGUUUAUAAGCCUCAUGAGGGCCUGAACCAUGACAGUUCACUCACAUUUAUGUGUGUAUUACUGUACAUUGGCACCUGUACCACUCAUAUUGAGGGGAGACUAAUGGACUUAUUAUUACACAGAUUAUAGACUGAAGAAGAUUUAACAAAUUGCACAAAGUAACAAAUGUAUUUUAUAUCUUUAUUUCUGCCUUCUCUAUUUUGGGUGUUAGACAUCAGGGAAAAGGUCAAGUCACAGUUAAGUGAGGUUUUUUGAUAAGCCGGAGACUAAGCUACCUACUUGUUAAAAUGGGUUGGCUGUACUAAUGUUGUGACCUGUGUUAUUCGAAUGAUACAUUUUACUUCUUGAGAAACUCAGGGUAUUUGUAUUUUCCUAAAUUAAGCACAUCUGGUUUCUAGUUUAAGUUGAACUUUUUUCAGUAUCUAGAUGAUUUACUGUGUGAAAGGAUUUAGCUUUGAUUCAUUUUUCAGCAGUGAGUGAGCAUUUCUAAUGCGCCUAAAAUUUGCUUUACAAAUCAGGUUUGAACCUUUUUAGAAACAUGAAUGGAGUAAAGUAAGGUGCAGUUUACCACUGGAUUUCCUGUUCCUGAAGUCUUAUAUUUGAGCUGUAUUUCAGUCUUGACCUGAUCGUAUUGGAGCCUUCUGGACCAAAAUGCCUUUUCCACAGAUUCUAAAAUCAAGUAUCUUGCCAAAAAUUAAUAGUAGAUAUGUAGUAUCACUUAUAUUAAGACAUAAAGAAUUGAAACAAUUUUAUUGUGUUUUAUUUUUUAAAGUUGUUAAUUUUGUCAUAAUUUGAGCUGCUAGAGGAAAGCUAAGCGUUUGGUCAGUGAGAAUGAAUAUGCUUAACGUUGAAAUAUGAUCGUAUUAUGUAAUGCAAGUAAGUGGCUUGGUGGUUUUUUGAAGUUUGUGCUUAUAAAGACAACAUGAGUGCUUAGCGAAGAGAAAUGCAGUUAUAAUAAAGAUAGUCAAGUGUAAAACUCCAUUUACAAAUCUUUUAACUCUGACUAAAAGUACAAAUACUGAGUUGAGUGAUUAACUGCCUAGUUUGUCUUUAUUAGUUUGUAUAGAACUGGAUUCUAGGCUAUGCAAGAUGAUGUUUGAAAACUGGAGAAUAUAUUUCAUAUUGUAAGAUACAGUCAGUUUUGAUGCAGAAUAAAAGAUGUUUUUAAAAUUGCUGUGUUCUUUGUAUAAAUACUGUAGAUUUAGACUCUAGCGACUUUGGUAGGUAAAAGAUUAACCAGUGUUCUCUUGCUCAAGGCAAAACAGCCUGACAGCUUUGUAACCAAUAUGUGACCAGAACUGAUAGCCAAAAUAUAGUACUUUUCAUACUAUUCCCUGAAGUCUCUAUUUUUUAUGUUGUAUAUAUCUUUCACUUAACAUUCUGAAAAAGGAUGCAGUAGUUGUGAGAGAGGAUAACAUUUGUUCUUUCCAGAGCUUUGCAGUGUACCUUGCUUAGAAUUUUCAUUGCAGUAUUUUGGUGUUAAGAGUUAAGAAAUAAAAACAUUCUUAACUAUUUUAUAAAAGUAAAUCUUUUCUUGGGCUAGCAUUUGAAGUUUUUCUUGGCAUUUAGGAUUUCUGGUGUGUUAGCUUUUCCAUUGGUUGCAAGGACUAUUCCUCUGCAUUGCAGAGGACAAGAUUAUUUUGUUCAGUAUUCACCUUGUCAUGGGGAAAAAAGCUAUAACGCUUAAUCUGUUUUCCUCUGCUUUGUGUGUGUGUAUGACGGGGAGUAUUUAAAAUCUGAAUUUAACAAGGAAAAGUUGUGAAUUGUGUAAAUUAACAGUUCUCUUAUGAGAUAAUCUGGGUACUUUUUUCUGAGGUGAGAAUAGAAUCCUGAAUAUUAAAAUCAGUGCAUUGUUUAAAUUGGGCAAAUUAUAAUUAUUUAUAUGCUUCCUAUUUGGUAGAUAUUUGAAUUAGAAUGCGCUUUGUAUGAUUCACAGAUAAGCAUACAGUUUGCCAUAAUUUUAUAAGUUUCUUAGUUUAUAUUUAAGGCUAGCUAAAAGUAAGAUUAGUAUGUUUCAUCUUUUUUAAAAAAUAAAUAUUUUUAUUUAUUCAGCGUUAAAUAUAGCAAUAUUAUCACAGCCUUAAUUUUAUUACCAUACUGUUAAAGAAUCCAAGAUUUUUAAGAGCUUAAAAGUAUCUUAGAAUUAAGUGAGUUCAUUUUCCAGAAGAGAAAAUUGAUAUGCUCAUGUAAUAAUGAAGCGGGUAGAAUGGGUGAUAUCCAAGGUCUCUUGUAAUGUUUUAUGGGAAUAAUUAGAAUUUUUAAUGCUCUGCAACGUGAAUGUAAUUUUUCAUAUUUAAGCUGAUCAUGUAGAACCAAGUUAAAUCUUUUGCUUCAGACCCUUAAUUUUUAAUUUCUCUAUUUUAAAAAGCUGAAUGCAAAAGAAAACGGUUUUCAAUUUUUCCGUAUUAGAUUGUUAGCAAUGUCUCAUUGUUACUUUGUGUUUGAGGGCUGUCCAGGUUAUGGUCCUAAGAGUAGCAGUACAGGUAAAGUCCUAUUCUAUCAGGUGUCUUUGGGACAUCGUAUUGUAAUGAAAUGAACUUUUUAAGUUUAAACUCUGAAGGUUUUUUUUAUGCUUAGGUAAGCCCCAAAUGCACAUAUGCUAGUUUCUACGAAAGUUUAGUACGCCAUAAGCCAGAAAAAUUUGGGAAGAGCAUUACUAGUAGAGAAAAGGAGGAGGUGUGACAGACUUUCCAUCUUCAUUUUUGUAUUCCAAACUCCUGGAUAUUUUUCAGUAAUUGAUUUUUUUUUUCUGGGGGAAAUCAAUGGUAUGAAUGCAAUAGAGAAUGAGGGGAGUAGCAAAAGAGAAAUUCAGCUAAAGCGGGAUCUGUAAAUUUCUUGACUUCAGCUCAUUUCUUGUUUCUCCCACUAGCUAUACUAGUGCUGCUGUUGGAUAAAAUGAGUGUAAAAACAUGGGUGAAAGAGACUUCGCAGGGCAGAGUUAAAAAUUCACACUUCCGAGGAAAGGAAAAGACUGUUUAUUGACCAUACUCAACUAGUGUCUGCUUCCUCUAACUUCGUGAAUUAUCUAUUGUCAGUACCUAUUGACAUUUUUGUAUUGCCUUAUGUUCUUUUUUUUAUUUUAAGUAAUUUUUAUUGUACUUUAAGUGAAAGUUUACAAAUCAAGUCAGUCUCUCACACAAAAACCCAUGUAUACCUUGCUUCACACUCCCAGUUACUCUCCCCCUAAUGAGACAGCCUACUGUCUCCUUCUACUCUCUCUUUUCAUGUCCUUUUCGCCAGCUUCUAACCCCUGCACCCUCUCAUCUCCCUUCCAGGCAGGAGAUGCCAACAUAGUCUCAAUUGUCCACCUGAUCCAAGAAGCUCACUCCUCACCAGCAUCCCUCUCCAGCCCACUGUCCAGUCUAAUCCGUGUCUGAAGAGUUGGCUUCGGGAAUGGUUCCUGUCUUGGGGCAACAGAAGGGCAAGCUUGAUGAUUACCAGGAACGAAUGAACAAAGGGGAAAGGCUUAAUCAAGAUCAGUUGGAUGCAGUAUCUAAGUACCAGGAAGUCACAAAUAACUUGGAAUUUGCAAAAGAAUUGCAGAGGAGUUUCAUGGCAUUAAGUCAAGAUAUUCAAAAAACAAUAAAGAAGACAGCACGUCGGGAACAGCUUAUGCGAGAAGAAGCUGAACAGAAACGUUUAAAAACUGUACUUGAGCUGCAGUACGUUUUGGACAAAUUGGGAGAUGAGGAUGUGCGAACUGACUUGAAACAAGGUUUGAAUGGAGUGCCGAUAUUGUCUGAAGACGAAUUGUCAUUGUUGGAUGAAUUCUAUAAGUUAGUGGACCCUGAACGGGACAUGAGCUUGAGAUUGAAUGAGCAGUAUGAACAUGCCUCUGUUCACCUGUGGGACUUGCUGGAAGGCAAAGAAAAAUCUGUGUGUGGCACAACCUAUAAAGCUCUUAAGGAAAUUGUUGAGCGUGUUUUUCAGUCAAACUACUUUGACAGUACCCACAACCACCAAAAUGGAUUAUGUGAGGAAGAAGAGGUGGCCUCAGCACCUAUAGCUGAAGACCAGGUAGCUGAAGCUGAGCCUGAGCCAGCAGAAGAAUACACUGAACAAAGUGAAGUUGAAUCAACAGAGUAUGUAAAUAGACAAUUUAUGGCAGAAACACAGUUCAGCAGUGGUGAAAAGGAGCAGGUAGAUGAGUGGACAGUCGAAACAGUGGAGGUGGUAAAUUCACUCCAGCAGCAACCACAGGCUGCAUCUCCUUCAGUACCGGAGCCCCACUCUUUGACUCCAGUGGCUCAGGCAGAUCCCCUUGUGAGAAGACAGCGAGUACAAGACCUUAUGGCGCAAAUGCAGGGUCCCUAUAAUUUCAUACAAGAUUCAAUGUUGGAUUUUGAAAACCAGACACUUGAUCCUGCCAUUGUAUCUGCACAACCCAUGAAUCCUACACAAAACAUGGACAUACCCCAGCUGGUUUGUCCUCCAGUUCAUUCUGAAUCUAGACUUGCUCAACCUAAUCAAGUUUCUGUACAACCAGAAGCUACCCAGGUUCCUUUGGUUUCAUCUACAAGUGAGGGAUACACAUCAUCUCAGCCCUUGUACCAGCCUUCUCAUGCUACAGAGCAACGACCACAAAAGGAGCCAAUUGACCAGAUUCAGGCAACAAUCUCUUUAAAUACAGACCAGACUACAGCAUCAUCAUCUCUUCCUGCUGCGUCUCAGCCCCAGGUUUUCCAGGCUGGGACAAGCAAGCCUUUACACAGCAGUGGGAUCAAUGUAAAUGCAGCUCCAUUCCAAUCCAUGCAGACGGUGUUCAAUAUGAAUGCCCCAGUUCCUCCUGUUAAUGAACCAGAAACUUUAAAGCAGCAAAAUCAGUACCAGGCCAGUUAUAACCAGAGCUUUUCCAGCCAACCUCACCAAGUAGAACAAACAGAGCUUCAGCAGGAGCAGCUUCAAACGGUGGUUGGCACUUACCAUGGUUCCCAGGACCAGCCCCACCAAGUGACUGGUAACCACCAGCAGCCUCCCCAGCAGAACACUGGAUUUCCACGUAGCAAUCAGCCCUAUUACAAUAGCCGUGGUGUAUCUCGUGGAGGCUCCCGUGGUGCUAGAGGCUUGAUGAAUGGAUACAGAGGCCCUGCCAAUGGAUUCAGAGGAGGAUAUGAUGGUUACCGUCCAUCGUUCUCUAACACUCCAAACAGUGGUUAUACGCAGUCUCAAUUCAGUGCUCCCCGGGACUACUCUGGCUAUCAGCGGGAUGGAUAUCAGCAGAAUUUCAAGCGAGGCUCUGGGCAGAGUGGACCACGGGGAGCCCCACGAGGUCGUGGAGGGCCCCCAAGACCCAACAGAGGGAUGCCGCAAAUGAACACUCAGCAAGUGAAUUAAUCUGAUUCACAGGAUUAUGUUUAAUCGCCAAAAACACACUGGCCAGUGUACCAUAAUGUUACCAGAAGAGUUAUUAUCUAUUUGUUCUCCCUUUCAGGAAACUUAUUGUAAAGGGACUGUUUUCAUCCCAUAAAGACAGGACUACUACAAUUGUCAGCUUUAUAUUACCUGGAUAUGGAAGGAAACUAUUUUUACUCUGCAUGUUCUGUCCUAAGCGUCAUCUUGAGUCUUAAACACCUCACCCUUGCUUAGGAGUAAAACAUACACCUUACAGGGUGAUAAUAUCUCCAUAGUAGAAGUGGAAAAAGCAAGAUUGACUUUUUUGACAUUGGAUAAAAUCUACAAAUCAGCCCUAGUGUUGCUCAGUGGUAAUUGACAAAACUAAAACAUUUCCUAUGAAAGGAAGAUGGAAGGAACUUUUCCAGUUAAAUUGGAGCGCUAGACAUUUAGAUGCAUACCAAAUUAUGCAUGGGCCCUUAAUCACACACAUAAGGCUGGCUCCCAGCUUUGACACCGCACUAUUCAUCAUCUGGCCAAACGACUGUGGUUAAAAACAGAAACAUGUAAAUUGCUUUUUAACAGCUGGUAUUGUAUAAGACAAAGCCAAAAUGCAAAAUGAGGCUUUGAUUGGCACUUUUUGAAAAAUAUGCAACAAAUAUGGGAUAUAAUCUGGAUGGCCUCUUCUGUAUUUAAUGUGAAGUAUUUAGAUACCUUUUGAACACUUAACAGUUUCUUUGACAAUGACUUUUGUAAGGAUUGGUACUUUAUAUCAUUCCUUAUGACAUGUACAUUGUCUGUCACUAAUCCUUGAAUCUUGCUGUAUUGUCACCUAAAUUGGUACAGGUACUGAUGAAAAUCUCUGAUGGAUAAUCAUAACACUUUUGGUCACAUGUCUUUCCUGCAGCCUGAAGGUUUUUAAAAGAAAGAGAUAUCAAAUGCCUGCUGCUACCACCCUUUUAAAUUGCUAUCUUUUGAAAAGCACCAGUAUGUUUUAGAUUGGUUUCCCUGUUUUAGGGAAAUGACAAGUCAGUAGUUUCAGUUCUGAUGGUAUAAGCAAAACAAAUAAAACAUGUUUAUAAAAGUUGUAUCUUGAAA